AUCUCAAUCUUCGUUAAUUUGUUCUGUAGAGACUUAGUGGGCGAUCUUAGAGCUGAGAACCCAUAACAUUAACCAGAGUAGUGGGCGAUCUUAAAGAUGAGAAGCCAUAAUAUUAAUCAGACUAGAAUGUAAUCAUGGAGCUAAGAAUCCAUAAUAUCAACUGGACUAGCUGGUGAUCUUGAAGUUAAUCGUAUCAUUUCAGUUUUCGUUAGUUUCUAGUUAAGACCAUCAUUCCAAACGUUGAUAUUCAGAUGAUGAGUGCAGUAGUGACCAAUGUUUUAGUGCUGGUCGGGGCGUUGCUGCUGGAGACAACAUUAAUAGAUGCAGAUUCAAAUGACUGUAUCAUUUACGAUGUGUUGGCUGAAAAUACACACGUCACUCAUGAUGGAGAAACAAUAUUGAAAUGCAUGUCGCUGUGUAAUGAAGAACCAAUCAUUAAAUGGUAUGUGGGUAAAGAAGAGAAACAAUCAAAAAAGGGCACAGCAGAAGGUUUUAGAGAUGCAAAAAUCUACGAGCAAAACUUGACAGCAACAAUGCUAAACAAAGGAACCGAAUUUAUUUGUUCAGUUGAAUGUGGUACAGAAUUACUCAAUGAAACAAUCACAGUUUAUGUUGGAGACCCUCCAAUGAUUGAAACAGUUAUUCCUCCUGUACAGAGAAUUUUCAAAGGUAGAGACACAAAUAUUGAGUGUAAAGGUCACAGCAAGGAAUAUACACGUGUGAUAUGGAUGAAGGAUGGGUACAAAAUCCCCCCCGUUAAAACAAACUAUCAAUCAGGAACAUUCACGAGUUUACUUCAAGUGAUCAAUGUUACACAUGAUGUUGUGUACACCUGUAAAGCACACAAUAUAUAUGGAAUUACAGAGAGAACUGCAGAAAUAAGACUAGGUCAGCCCCCUGUCAUUCUUGAAAUGAAGACAAACAGCAGUCUCCCCAUACUUACUGGUGAAAGUGUUAUGGUGACUUGUCUUAUCCAGUUUGAUGGUAACAUCUCAGUGAUGUGGCUGGAAGACAAGGAAGAAGUUAGCACCACUGAAGAUUCUGUUGACACCCUGACUGAAAAGGAAUUUCACUUUACUUAUGAUUCUGUCCUGAAGACUUUUAAUGCAUCAUGUCAUGCUAUAAACACGUUUGGCACUAUUACAAAGUCCCUGGAACUCGAAACAAGUUGCUGAUGAAGUAGAAGACAGAACAAAAGGUGGUAAUAAAAAUACACUUCGUAUAGCCUUGGGCAUUUCCAUUGCUAUAGUUGCUGUGUGUCUACUCAUAGGGAUUGUUAUUUUGUGUUUAAAGAAAAGGGCAAACAAACCUAAACCAAUCUAAGUGUUUCUGUCUUUUUUCAUCACUGUGAUUUUUUGUUUUUAGAAAGAUAUUUUCUAUAAAAUUGUGUUUCAGUUUGAAAUUAUUAAAGAAAUUUCCCUCAGAAGACCUAUCUCAUGCAAUAACUGUUUGUUUUAGAGCAAAGCCACAUUCAGCUAUCUGCUAUAUUCACUGCAGGGAAUUAAACUUCAAAUUUUGGUGUUGCAAGUCAAUAAUCUUACUGCUUUUCCUCUUAUUAAAAUCUUAUGAGUAAAUUCUGAUUGAAACAUGUAACGAGAACUGAUUAUUAGAUCAAUAAAAUCUUACAAAAACUGAA